UUUUAAGUUAUUCGAGUUGUGUUUCAGACAAUUAAGACGCAGCUGUGAUCCGUUCCUUGAAUUGUCCAAAAAAUAUUGAAUAUUUUCUUGAAAGCACUUUAUGUGUUUUUGUGAUUGUAGACGUCAAAAUGGUAAAGCUAGUCAUUGCUUUCAUCAGCAUAGCUGUAGCUCUCUUUGGCUCCUCACAAUCAGCUACUUUUGAAUGUGACUAUAAAGCUGGUGCAUGGGGGACGUUAGGAACAACUUACUACUGCUUAGUAUCAAACUCUGCCAUUAUAACUUCACCAGAUGAAGCACAAGUUUAUGACAUAUCUGGAACUCAUCUGGCUGGCCAUAAUGACGACAAUGUUGGGGCUUUUUAUAAUGUUGCCAAAGGACAGAUUCAUUAUUUUCCACGUGGCAUAGCUAAAUUUUUGAAGAAUCUUAAAGGAAUUUAUUUUCGCGGCACUGGUUUGAAGGAAAUUCAUCAGAGUGACUUAAGACCGUACCCAAAAUUAGCUAAUCUUUAUUUGUACAUCAGCAGUUUGGAAGUUUUAGAAAAAGAUUUAUUUAAAUUUAAUCCAAAUUUAGAUUACAUUUAUUUAAAAUCCAACAAAAUCUCGCAUAUUGACUCGAAUGUUUUUGAUAAUUUACCUAAGUUAAAGACGUUGUACCUUGAAUCAAACAAUUGUGUCAACAUGAAGGCUGAAGACAAUCCAACAGAGGUCCAGAACAUCAUCAAAAUUGUCAAAUCGCACUGCACAAAUUCAGAUUUUUCAAAUUUAUUGCAAAAUGUUAAAAACCUUGAAAUUGAGUCGAAAAAUUUAAAUUUAGAAAAAUUUAAGGAAAAACUUGAAAACUUGAAUAAUGAGGUUAAGAAUUCAAAAUUUCGUCCUAGACAAGCUGCAAGGCUUAAAAUCUCACUUGAAUCGAAAGUCGAUGGUUUGGCUGCAAAUUUAAAAGAUUUGGUGGCUCAAGCUACAAAUGGAACUGACUGUGGGCAUUUUCAAGGACUUAAAACUAUUUUAGAUGAAAAAGUUUCAAAAUUUGACGAAAAAUUGACCAAAACUGUUUCAAAAAUGGACAGAAACAUUGCAAAUUUAAAGGAAGUGAGCUUAACAUCAACAGAUACAGCAUCAACUAGCCCCAAAUCAAGAACUGAAAUCUCAAAACUCGACGAUGAAAAUUUUGACAUAAAAUUGGAAGUUUUUGAGGAAAAUUUGAUUAAUUUUAAAACUUUUGCCUUCAAAAAAAUCGACAAGAUGGAAAUUGACGAAAAAGUUUUCCGAGCGAGCACGAAAAAGACAUUGGAAAAGUUAAUUGAGGAAGUUGAGAGGAAAUUUGGAGAAAUUGAAGCAAAACUUGAGGAAAAGUUCGACGAAAUUGAUGGAAAAUUUGAGAAAAUCGAGAGAAAAUUGGAGGAAAUUUUAAAAAUUGUGAAAAGUGGCGAAUGA